UUUCGUUCAGGUCUACUGCGCAUGCGUCGAGCGCAAUACCAUCCCCUUCUUCGAAAGCUCGGUGUUAGACGAUCAUUUGCCGGACAACUUUCCGGACUUUCCUGGAUCCCGGAGGGAGAACUCCUGUUGUAACGCCCAGCAUCGAAGAGUCAGCGCACGGCAACAAAGAAGCAGCGCACGGCAACAAAGAGUCAAGGCUACUUUGCCUGGUUGAGUUUCCCUGUAUUCUCCACAAGAAGCAUUGAAUGUCUGCUGAGGAGCUUCUGCUGCCAGACAUGUCGUCAACUUCCUUAGAAGAGUUGUUAUACUUCGCUAAGAACAUUUCCCUCCUACCGAGGCUGAAUUUCAGUUUGGAUGAUGCAGUAAAAGAAAUAGAACGGCAUAUUUCUACCGACAGUAUGUUUAGUAAACCUGCUGAGAUCAUAAUUAUCUUCGUUUAUUCGCUGCUCAUAAUCAGUGGAAUCAUCAGUAAUUUGAUAGUGUCUGGUAUCAUAGUGACCAAAACAAAAUUCUGUACCACGCGUUAUGCCUAUGUUAUAAAUUUAAGCAUUUCUGACUUGAUACUCUGUGUUUUCUGUAUGCCAUUCUCUUUAAUGUCAUUGAUUAGAAAAAGAUGGAUUUUAGGGAUGACCCUUUGCAAGCUUGUACCUUUUGUACAAGCAGCUACUGUGUUCCUGUCUUCUGCUACUGUCAGUGCUAUCGCUAUAGACAGACACAAAACUGUUUUGAACACAUUUCCAUCUGGAAAACGGGAGAAAAAUAAGGAAGUUGUCAUAACCAUUAUCGCAGUAUGGGUGAUUUCAUUUAUUAUAUCAAGUCCUAUACCUUACGCUCAAACCGUAAGGAACGUAGGAUUGCCCGAUAUAUAUGUUUACGAAAAAUGCCUUGAAGAAUGGCCAUGGCAUAAUGCAAAAGGUCUGUACACAGUUGUCAUCGUCUUGGUCCAAUUCCUCAUACCUACACUUGUUUUGUUAAUUACACACUUCAGAAUUGAACUUCAUCUGAAUUAUGCAACAAACCGAUAUAACAAAACUUCUGCAAGCCCCAAUAAAGAAAGGAUACAUAAAGAAAGACAAAGAAAUCGCAGAGCAACUUUUGUUUUGAUGAUGAUAUCAGCCGUUUUCAGCGCAACCUGGAUGCCAUGGAAUAUAUUUAAUUUAAUUGCAGAUUUCUAUCCAAAUUGCAUGAGUGGCGAAAACUUAUACACGGCAUUUCUUGUGUGUCACAUUAUUGCCAUGACAUCUACAACUACAAAUCCGAUUUUAUACGGCUGGUUCAACUCGAAUAUUAGAAGAGAAAUUAUAUCAGUCAAAGAUAAAAUAAGCGAUAUUAUUUUUAACAGACAGGAUCCAACUCCUUGCACUAGAGCUGUAAAGGAUGUAGCUGAUACGAGAGUGUGAAGUAAUAAAUCCAUACAAUGAGAUGCCAUGCAGAUUAAAAUUUUUACAUGGCAUUAAAUAUUUUUAAAAAAAUUGAUUAUUUGACUAAAUUAUUUGCAUGGAAAAUUAAAUUAUAUUUUACAGUACAACUUGAAAAUUUUUUACGGCAGAUUCUAAUUUAAAAUACCUGUUAAAUUUAAAAUAUCAAGGCAAACCUGUCGUUUUUUGAUGACAGGAAAGAGCAAGAAUAGUAAACUAUCAGAAUAGAUACUUUAUUAGUAAGACAGAAGAAAAAAAACUAUUUUUGUAAAAGAUUAAAAAUUUAAGAUAAAAAUUCUUUGUUUCCUCCCUAAUUCCUUUAUUUUCGAGGUAUCGAUUGCUCAAAUGACUUUUAAAGGUUCAAAAAGUAGAUUUUUGUUUAGUGUCACAAGAAUGAAGAGAAAAUUUGAAUGUUUCAAAAGAAAUCCUUUCGUAAUCAUGCAAGAAAUGGAUUCCUUGUAGCUCAAUAACAUCGAUUGAUUGUUCUCAACUCUUCGACAUGAACUUCAUGAAGUUCGUUAUUACAGAAAGGCCAUCCAUCAAAAUCAUUUAGCCAAAUAAAGUACAAAACAGAAUUUAAUACUCUUACUAUAGACUUAUGGGAACUUUACUUUUAAACUGUACAGCGGAAAGGUUAAUCAGUAGUUCUCGAAAUAGAGACUUCAUAAACUUGAUUUUCUAGAACUUGAUUAAACAGGUAAUUUGAAGUAGUGGCUGAAAGUAAGCACUUCCUGUCAAGAAAUUCAUUGAUAAGAAUGAGCAUUCAUUUCAUACAAAAUGGAUGACAUUAAAAAUAUAGCAAAACUGACCCUAUAUACUGGCUAGGGUCAGUUUUGUUUGGCAUUCAUUUUUCG